AAAAAAUUUUUACCUCAUAUUAAAAAAUUAACAUCACAAAGUGAUUUAUGUUUAAAAUGUAAAGAAAUGCAAUUUAAUGCUAAUUAUUGGACAAUUGAAGAAAAAGAAACUAAAGUAUUAGAAUG